UGUAUCUUUGGCGCACAUACACCGCAGAGAAAGACCAUAUGGAGAUUCGUUUGGUUUUAGAGAUGACACAGAUUAUUUUGAUAGUUGCCGGUGUGUUAGAUGCAACAGGAUGCAUACCUACAACCAGCCCACAGUGUUUCAAAAAUUCAACCGGACAAGAAGAGGACUUUACUUGUAAAUGGGAGGACAGAAACAUUGAGCAGGAUACAACGUACACCCUCUACAUAUUUGACAGCGAAAGGAAACAUUUUGUUUUGCAGGCGAACACCAACCAGAAAGAAAAAUACCUUCUUUUGGAGCAACUAGGAACCAUCUCUAGAAAUAUGGAGAUAUGGGUACAGAGACAAGUGGGCAACCUUACCUGCAAUUCUACUAAAAUCUCUGUCAUCUUCAAAUGCUUAGCCAAAUACAGCAAACCUAAGAUUAACAGCAUGACAAGGUCAGCUGGCAUACUGAAUCUUACACUGAGCAAACCGAAGGAUAACAAAAGUGUUAUAUAUGAGAUCAGAUGGAGGGAAAGAGGAGCUGAAUGGCAAACUGAGACUUUUGAAACUGAGGCAAGCACUUUCCAAGACUUCUAUACGCUAUGGCUACAAAAGCAGGCUGUUUACCAGAUCCAGCUGAGGCGACAGGCCAAACCGCUGUUACCAACAUGUGAUUCACUACAAGCCCUCUGGAGUGACUGGAGCAUCAUGGUGGACGUUCCCAUAGAAAUUCGCCUUUCACCUAAAGUACGCUGGGAAGAAACACAGAACACUCACAGCAGGGAUGUUCACCUCAUGUGGGAUGCUCCACCUGCUGAAGAGUCUGUUGGAGGGGUAACGUAUAUACUGACCAUGUCAGUUUGGCCUUGUGAUAAACCCAAAACACUUAAACCCAUAACUGUCAAUCGAAGCUUCCAAACCUCAAUAACAUUUUCUGAGGCUUGGGUGUCCAUCAUCGCAAUGAACAAGGUUGGGAGUUCACCACCCCAACUGAUCACCAUUCCUGCUGUGAAACAUUUGAACCACUGCCCCAAACACCAAAGAAAUUCAACCAAGACCAAGAAAACCUGUUUGGAAUGGUACAAGCUGGAAGACGGUGAGACUCGAUCACAAGCCGUAAAUACCUCAAGCAAAAAAACUUUUAAGGACAUUGAAAAAGAGGUGGAAAACUUUGUACGCCAUUAUUACUUUCUUCACACCAAGACCAAAAAACAUCGGACUGUUGCCAUGUGUCCUUUUUACUCACAGGAGGGAGUGCCUAGUAAAGGUCCAGACAACGUGUUGUUUUUUAAUGUGACAUACGAUUCGGCUGUGGUGAGCUGGCUUUCCAUUCCUGUGGAGAAUCAGCGUGGCUUUCUGCAACAAUAUGUCAUCUGGAUAUCUGGACAAGAAAACACAACACACCAUCAGUUACCAGCAAAUGAAACAAGUUUCUUGAUCAAGAACCUCCACCCAGGAGUCUCUUACACGGUUUCCAUAGCCGGACAAACAAAAGCUGGAGAAGGGCCGAACUCGACGGCGAACUUUGAAACCCCGUCAAUAAAAACAGCCUUAUCAUGGCAGGACCAGACCAUCCUGAGCAUCUGUGUGGUUGCCCUCUUGUGUACAAUAAUCUGCUCAGUGGCUUUCAGAAGGUUUAGGAGCAAACUGUUACCAGUGGUACCCAGUCCUGUGAUCCCUGCAACAGAAUCCAUUUUUCGACAUGAUCAGGACCUGAGACAGUUGACGGAGGAAGUGCACGAGGUCGUUCUUCUGCAGCUUCAAGAGCACAACAAACACCCCCAAAACACGACCCCUGAACAGAGCACUUUACUGCAAGACUUUGGACUGGUUAUGUUUGAAGAAGAGGACGAGGAUGAUGAGGAAGGAGUUACUGACUUAGGCUCUAUGAAAUCUUGUUGCUAUCCGAAUCCUAGUUACAGAGGACAGGUGCUGCAUCUGCCAGAUCCAAUCCACACGACCGAGAACAUUUUUAAAGAGAACGACACCGAAUCCACGUACAGAAAUGGCAUGUUCUUUGAAACAAGACUUCUGGAGUGUGAUGAAACAUCAUUAUAGUUAUGACAGGGACUGCCAGGCCCAACUUGUGCGUAAUGAUUUUGACAAACCUUAUUAUUACGCAAUAUGCCAAGUUCAGUCAGUAAAACAUUUCUGAAAAUUUUCUUUUUGUGCAGUUAAAGUGCACAUGACACAUAACACUGGAAAUAACCCGUUUCUGAGAACACUGUAAGAUUCUCGGCAGUUACUGAGGUUGCAAGUGCCUCCCCGCUUCAAAACGUUUGUUGUGGUCAAAGUGACGUAUUCUGGAUUUUCAUUAUGUCUAUGAAGCUUAGUGCUUAUUUGUGUUUUCAGUAGGCCUAUAAUAUUAUGUUAAUUACAUAAAGAGUUAUUUGGUAAUGUUCAUAAUACAAAUAACAUGUAUUUAAUAUGACAUUUACAUUUAGUCAUUUAGCAGACGCUUUUAUCCAAAGUGACUUACAAAUGAGGUAAAUAAUAGAAGCAAUUGGAGCAACAUAAGGACAACAAAAAGCAUAAGUGCAGUAAAACUGGUCUCAUAUAGCCUACCACAGUAUACAAAGCUAAGUUUAUUUUUAAGGAUAGAAAGAGUAGAGAAGAAAUAGAAGUCAGAACUAAUCGGUCAGGUGCUACUAUGAAACAUAGAUAGCCGAGUAAUUGGUUUAUAUUACAACAUUCAUGAGAGGUGAGUGAACGUCACUUCAGAUGCUCUAUGUGCAGUGUUAUAGUACAGACAUGUACAAUACAAUACUGAUACACAUACACAUCAAAUACAAAUAUACAUAUAAUACACAUGAGGGUGAAUGCAGGAUACAUCAGAAAUAUAUAUAGAAGCUACAAAUCACACACUUUGGAUAUAUGCAUCAUAUUCAAAAAAUGAACAAAAAAUUGAAUACUCUGUUAGGCUUUAAACUUUCUGUAAAAGGUUAUACUUUGGGUAAAACCGUGUAUGACUGUGGCAGCGAAUGUGCAACAGGGGUGUCAACGAAAACGAGUCUGUAUCAUUCCAUACGUCGUCACGUCCACUAGAGGACGCAACACCUCUGUGCCCUCUUCAUGAACUCGGUACUGAGGUGUUUUUUUGACAAGAAUGAUUAAAGGAUUAAAGAACAUGAUAUAGGCCAACAAGACAACAUCCUCAGAUCUCGCAGCCUUUUAAAUCCCUCACUGCUCGUGUCUUGUUAUUAUUAUUAAUAAUAAACCUGAAUAAAACAAAAUAGCAUAGACUGCAAUGGUUUGGACAACCAACCUGGGCCCUGUUGCAUAAACUUAGCCGCUAAGUUUUAUUGACUAGCAAUUAGUUAGGACUAAUCAGUUUUACUUUUCAUAUUUCAAUAAGCCUAAUCUACCUUUUUAUGUAACCUAUUUGAAGUUAUGACCAGUCUUGAUGAAAAAAAUGAGAUGAAUAACUUCUAAGACUAGUCUAAGCAGUUUAUGCAACCGGUCCCUCUUCUUAAAACGACUUAUGAUCUUAAAUGUGACAAUAUAAGCAUAGGAUGCAUGUCACACGAGCUGUUUGACUUGAUCACAUAUUAGUGACUGUUUAAACUGCCACAAACAGGUUUCAUUCGCGCACACACAGCCAAUCUAAUGUUGUUUUUAAACGCAUCAUUAUGUCAAAGACGUACCCCCGAUGGUACUGUCCUUUGAUUCGGUUUUCUUCCCACCUCUGCCUCGUUUUCGAUUUCAACAUGGCAGGGGAGUGAAAUCAGUCUUAGGCAAACCUAUGCAGUCUGUCCCGGAGUCUUUGGGUCCGAGUCCUUACAUGACUCAUCCCAGAUCAUCAAGUCAAGUGGCUUUUGUCAUUUCAACAAUAUACAGUACAGUACACUGUGAAAUGAAACAACGUAGCCCCAGGACCAAGGUGCUAUACAGUACAUAGCCUACAUGAGACAUAAUCACACAGACUACUUAAAGUGCACAUGUGCAAGUCUGUGCAAGUACAACAUUAAGUGCAAAAAAAAACCCAGACAUUGAGUGCAAACGUGACGUAAACGUAAACCACAGUACACAGUGUUAAACAUCAGAGGUAGUGAAACAUUGUCCAUGUACUCAUACUAAUGUUGCGGCAAAAAUAUGCGAAUAGGGCAGUUAUUGGUGCAAAUGUGCAAACAGGGUGUAACAGUGAAGAGUUUGUUUCCAAAAUGAGAGAACUCCGUUUUUAAAAUAAAUAAAAAAACAUGUUUUUUAAUUGUGCAUUCCAAUUAAUAUCAAUCAAACUGCAGUUUAAUACAAAAAUAAAAAAUACAGCUAACUAACACAAUAAAACAAAUAAAAACAUGAUUUUUGAAAAAUGUAAAAAAACUGAGUUAUCUCAUUUUGGAACCAAACUCUUCAUUAUUCUUGAGUCUUUUUAUUUAGGAGUCGAAUGGCUUGUGGAAAGAAAAUGUUGCACAGUCUGGAGGUGAAGGCCCGAAUGCUCUGGUACCUUUUUCCAGAAGGCAGGAGGGUGAAAAGUGUGUGAGAGGGGUGAUUGGGGUCAGCCACGAUGCUGGUGGCUUCACGGAUGCAGCGUGUGGUGUAUAUGUCCACGAUAGAGGGAAAAGAGACCCAGAUGAUCUUCUCAGCUGUCCUCACUGUCCGUUGUAGGGUCUUGUGGUCUGAUGCGGCACAGUUCCCAAACCAGACAGUGAUGCGGCUGCUCAGGAUGCUCUCGAUAGUCCCUCUGUAGAACGUGGUCAGGAUGGGGGGAGGGAGGUGGGCUUUUCUCAACCUUCGUAGGCUGCUGGCCUUUCUUAGUGAUGGAGCUGGUGUUGAGGGACCAGGUGAGGUUCUCCACCAGGUGGACACCAAGGAAAUUGGUGCUCUUUACGAUCUCCACUGAGGAACCGUUGAUGUACAGCGGAGAGUGAUCGCUCGAUUUGUCUUCCUGAAGUCAACAACCAUCUCUUUAGUUUUGUCAACGUUCAGAGACAGGUUGUUGACUCAACACCAGUCCGUUAGCCUCUCCUCUCUAUAUGCUGACUCGUGUCAUCGGCAACCUUGAUGAUGUGGUUCGAGCCGUGGGUUGCUACACAGUCAUGAGUCAGCAGUGUGAACAGCAGAAAUGACUGUUUUGCUUAUAGGUAACACACGCAUCUUCUGCCAAUCUCAUUUUAAUCUUGAGUAUUGCAUACUUCGUUUCUUCGAAGAGUAUUUAGUUUGAUCACAUUUAUAAAAGAAAGAUACAGCUGUACAAUUAUUUCCAAAAAUAGCUCCUGGAGGCGUGCUCCAUCUAUCAGUUUUAAACGAUCUGCAAAUCCAGCAUAUAUUAUAUGAUGAAAAAAAUUAGAUGAAUUUUUUGAUAAAUUAGAUGAAGGUUAUAACUGCCGGUUAUAACAUUCAUCAUCGAAAUGCAGUGAACAAACAAACACAACUGAACUUCCGUAACCCGAACAAAGUACAUUAAUAGGCAACUCUUGCUGGUUGACGUGUGGGCGUGGUCUCACUCUCGCUGGUUGACGCGUGGGCAUGCUUUUCUGGGAGAAUUGUCCAAUAAGGGACUAAGAACCCUUGUUACGAAACAGGAAUUCAUGCUCGAAAAAACUUUCCAAAACCUGUAAAAACCCUGGCGGAGUGUAUCGUGCACAGAAUUACUACGUCAUACAGUCCCAAUCCGCGUACUAUCCGUCCUAAAUAGUAGUCGAAAUUAGAAUUAGUAUGUCCCAAAUCAUAGUAUGCUGAAAUUAGCAUUCGGAAAGUACCUGUAUGAUCUACUGUUUCCGGUGAAAAUUCGAAGUGCAGAUCCAUAGAUACUCCAACGGCUGAUAUUACACACAACUCACCACGAGUAGGCGGAGUUUAGUGACGCUUCAAAGCAUUAAUAUAAUUAAAUAACUGAUGCUUCACUGAAUUAAUAAAUGUAAGUUUACAGUAAACAUUACAUAAGAUAUAACAUGUGAAUAAACACUUAAAUUUAAAGAAGAGCUGAAUUAUGAUGAUCAUGUCUGUUAACAAUCACAGUGUUGUCUAGGCAACAGCAGCCACUUCCUCUUUGUGUUAAUACGUCCCACUGCAUGCAUAUUGCUUUGCUGCACACUAAAAUGUAUAUACUUUACAAAAACAGUACAUACUUCAAGGGCAUAGAAUAAGUAGGCGAAUCUCUCUCUCAACGGCUCUGGACUGGCCUGGGGUUGUCACCUGACAAAAGAACGAAUGACUCGGACUCAGUAGGUGAACUAAUCAUUUAUAUUUUUCUGUACACAGGCUAUAUUGAGCUUACAUGCGACAAAAGAAGGAAUGACUAUGGCAUGAAGUCUUCAGAGAGAUGACGCUCGAUCUCGUCCAAACUGGGCCGAUUAUCUGGAUUUUUAUCAAGACGCCAUUGAAGCAGGUGUCUACAUUCUGUUAAACAAAACAUAUAGUCCUUGUCUUCAACAUACAGAAGAGAAAAUCACUCCCUUGUUAAGUCUCUUCAUGUUGUUUUGCCUUCAGAUAGAAAAUCCGAUAGAAAUGUCAUCGUUGAUGAUCUCCUCUUUGUUGGUGAACGGCAUUGAACCUGACAGGAUGUUAUAUAGUGUUAUUCCUACAGACCACACGGUCGCAGGUCUCGCGUGGUACCGCCUUACGAGAAAACCUCUGGUGGAGCAU